UAUGAGUCAGUGCUGCAGCGAUGCAUAUGUGAUAAUUGUAUAUGAGUCUGGAAAUGACUCCGUGUUACGUGCGCCCCUGUUCGGAGGGCUCUGCCAACUCUGUACCUACCUCAUUUUUUUUAUAUUAUUUUUUUUUCUGACCUAUAUGUAUACAUUGUGGGAUGGACGUUUAAGAAGCCAGUCUUAAUAACGCCUGUAUGUGGCGGUGGGUCCGCCGAAGGUUCCUCCUUACAGUGACGAUGGAUUGAUUUACCUGUACGCGUCCACACAUGAGACAGAAAGCCAUGGACGCCCUUCCGGGAACUGUAACUUUUAAGGAGUUCUGCCCCUUGUACUCCAUCCUCAAAGCCAUCCCGGCUAAAAUACAAAAAGGUUUCCGAUCCCUCAUCGUCUAUCUCACAGCUAUCGACGUCAAUGGCGACUACAUUGCGAUCGGCAGCAGCAUCGGGAUGUUGUAUCUGUACUGCCGGCACACCAAUCAGAUGAAGAAGUAUAACUUAGAAGGGAAGACAGAGUCUAUAUCCGUCACCAAGCUCCUGAGUUGCUUUGAUGACCUGGUGGCAGUGGGCACCGUUUCUGGCAGGGUAGCCAUUUUCCAACUUGUGUCUCCUCUUCCCGGACGCAACAAACAGUUACGGAGGUUCGAUGUGCUCGGCACUCACAAGAGCAGUAUCACCACCCUGGCCUGGAGCCCCAAUGGGAUGAAAUUAUUUUCUGGUGACGAAAGAGGAAAAAUUAUCCAGUCUAAUUUGGAUUUUGAUAAAGGUACGUGUAACUCCUGCCUCAUCCUGGAGGAAUUGUCCCCUAUAGUCCAGCUGGAUUACAGUCACAAGAUCCUGCUGGUAUCGACCACUCAGAGAUGUCUGCUCUUCUACACGGAAGAAAAGUCUGUCCAGCAAGUUGGAAAUCGGCCUAGAAAAUCCAAUGGGAAGUAUGGAGCAUGCUUCAUCCCCAGCCUCUGCAAGCAAAGUGACCUUACAUUGUUCGCCUCUCGGCCUGGACUGCGCCUCUGGAAGGCGGACGCCUACGGAUCUGUUCAGUCAACCUUCAUUUUAAAGGAUGUUUUGGCUCGUGGAUUGGAGUCUUUUGAGCUGUAUCCCCGACUGGAAACAAUAAACCAAGGAAAAUAUACGUUGUCCGAGAAGCACCUGGGCCUGGUCACCUGCUUUCUGCACGACGGAUGGGUUCUGAGCUGGGACGAGUACAGCAUCUAUGUCAUAGACACCAUCAAUCAGGCUGUGGUUGGAGGUCUUGAAAGUGCCGGGGAUAUCGUAUCCGUCUCCUGUAUCAACAAUGAAAUAUUUUUCCUGAAAGGUGAUCGGGAAAUCAUUAGAAUCUCGGACAUGCCUGAAGGAGCCAUAUCUGCCGUGCUACAUAGCCCUUUUCGGAUUCCAGCGAAACAUACCUCACUGGAAAAAAAGGCCCAGAAUGGCUCCAUAUCAAAUAUUGAAGAAAAGCAGGCCCCCCCUGGUCAGUCCCUGAGAACUGAGCGGAUCCAGCUGUGUCCCCUGGAACUGGAGGAAGGCGAUGAAGAGCAAGCACUGGAGCCCAGAGUCAGAAGUGGUUCCCUCCCAGUGGUGCUUCCAGCACAGGGCCGCAUCUCUACAGACAGCGGGUACAGCGUGAACGAUGCUGAUCAGAACUCGUCUGACAGCGGAGUCCGGGAGCGGCGCUCCUCCUCGCAGAGGUUCAGCAUCAUCAGCAAUGAGGACUUCGACCAGGAACUGGUGGUGAAGGCCAUAAAGGUGAAGAAGAAGAAAAAGAAGCGUCAAGAAAACUGUUCCAGGAGUCACAUCGGCUCUCUUGAGAGCACGCCGAGCGUGGACAGUCCUCUCUCUUUAACCUCUUACUUUUCCUCCACCACGAUGGGCUUAACCAGUGGCAGUGCGGAGCAUUUCAGCUCUCAGGAGAGUCUGGUCAGCGGCAAGUUUCACUGUGAUGACAACACUUCAGGUGUCUUCAGUACAACCCACACUUCUGAAUCUCCAGCUCCUGAUAUGGAGAGCGAGAGCAAUUCCUACCAUGGGGAAGAAGACAAAGACUCUAAUGGAAGCAUGAAGAAUAGCGAAGCAACAGCGUCUGACGGAGUCUCCAUCUCGUCAUCCGACACUCACACAUUGCCUGUAAAUCACUGCUCUGAGCCGGCUGCAGCAGACGAACGAGGUGAUGCUACCCAGAAAUGUCCCACAGAGGAGACGCAGGAUGUCACUAGCUCAGGACGGCAAAGUGCGGAGUUACAGGUGGGCUCACACUUGAGCAUUGACUCGAUAGAGACUAAAUCCCUAGACCGUAACAAGGAUGAAAUCUAUGAAGAGCAAGAAGCGUCAAAUGCCCAGUGCCAUAUACCCUCAAGUUCUAUUGGGGAGACUGUCUGUCAAAAUGCCUACUCUAUACCUAAGGACUCUACAGAAGCCAUUAAAAAUUAUAGACCUGACUACGAGCAUUCCUUGGGGUCCAGUGAUGAUGAAGAUAUCUAUGGUCACAGGAUACCACACUCUUCCUCUGAUGUCAGCGUGGGAGAGAUGGCCGUAUCCCAAGAGCUGUCACGUUCCAUGCAAGAAGAAAGCACUCUACAGAAAUCUGAACAGCUGGCGGAGAGCUGGAUGGUUUACUCAGGACCUGCUAGCGGCAUCCUAAGCUUAGUCGUGUCUGAGAAGUACGUCUGGUGUCUGGACUACAAGGGGUCCCUGUACUGCAGUCCUCUGCCCGGAGCCGGCCUGCGAUGGCAGAGGUUUGAAGACUCUGUCCAGCAGGUGGCAGUGUCGCCUUCAGGAAACCUGCUGUGGAAGAUCGAGCAGAAGACGGACAAGGCCUUCGCUUGUGGGAAAGUGACCAUUAAAGGGAAAAGACACUGGUACGAGGCUCUCCCUCAGGCCUCAUUUGUAGCUCUGAGUGACGACACUGCCUGGAUUAUCAGAACGAAUGGAGACUUGUACAUACAGACAGGUCUCAGCGUGGAUCGCCCGUGUGCCAGAGCCGUGAAAGUUGACUGCCCGUGCCCAUUGUCUCAGAUCACAGCCAGAAAUAACGUGGUGUGGGCCCUCACUGAACAGCAUGGCCUCCUGUACAGGGAAGGAGUUAGCAGCUUCUCUCCGGAGGGUGAAGUCUGGCAGUGCGACCUCAUCAGUGAGAGACAAGCCCUGGAACCAGUCUGCGUGACGUUGGGGGAUCAAGAGACCGUCUGGACAUUGGACUCCAACGGCAACUUGUGGUUCAGAACUGGAGUCACCUCCAAAAAGCCUCAAGGAGAAGAUGACCAUUGGUGGCAAGUCAGCAUCACAGACUACGUCGUCUUUGAUCACUACACCCUGUUCCAAACCUUAAUCCAGGCCACGCAGACGGUGGCCACAGUAGCCCAAGCGCCUGUAGAAAAAGUGGCUGAUAAGCUUCGCAUGACAUUCUGGUCACAGCAGUCCCAGUGCCAGCCCAGUUUACUGGGGGUCAACAGCAGCGGCGUAUGGAUCACUUCAGGCAAAAACGAGUUUCACGUAGCAAAGGGGAACCUUGUAGGCACAUAUUGGAAUCACAUAGUACCACGAGGUACGGCAUCCACCACUAAAUGGAUAAAUGUUUUCUCUUCUACUUCCCCAAGUGGAGAAGGAAAUGUCCUAUGGAUUUCCCAAAGCAGAAAAGAUCUCUUUUGCUUGAGUGACCUGACUGCUCCAUAUAGACCAUCCACAGUCCAGCUUUCCCCAGACACGGAGAUGAUCCAUGCGUCGGCCUGCGCGGAUGCUGUGUGGGCUCUAGACAACCAGGGUGGGGUUCUUAUCCGCACUCUCUCAAAGAAUUGCCCUACUGGAAUGCAUUGGACAAAACUGGAUUUGUCUCAGCUAGGUCCGGUCAAGCUGUGCAGUCUGUCCUGCGGCAACCAGCACGUCUGGGCGUGUGACACCAGCGGAGUCAUUUACUUCCGAGUGGGGACCCAGCCGCUCAAUCCAAGUAUGAUGCUGCCUGCAUGGAUCAUGAUUGAGCCCCCGAUACAGCCCGUGGGGAUCAACCUGAUAAAUGUCUACUCCAGUCCCAAUGACAACAUGCUGUGGACACUGGACAAUAAGUGCAAUGUUUACGUAAGGAUUGGCAUCACCGAGGAGAUGCCCGUUGGAGUAGACUGGGAGCAUGUACCUGGUUUGCAGGCGUGUCAGCUGGCAGUGAGCUCGAGAACCGUCUGGGCCCUGUGUCCGAAUGGAGACAUAGCCAGACGCUACGGAAUUACAGACAAGAACGCAGCCGGAGACUACUGGAAGAAAAUCCCGGGAAAUAUGUCUUGGUUAACGGUGACCCCCCAGGACGAGCUCUGGGGCGUGAGCAACACCGGGUCCCUCCUCCAGCGUCUUACGAAGACCUACAGCCACCACCCGCCCAUUUUAAAGUCUGACAACAUCCUGGCCCAGUCCGACUUCGAAGACGAGUGGGAGGUAAUCUGACCUAGCGCUGCUACGAGAGCCGGCCGCUAAAGUUCUUAUGCUGCUAAGAAGCCUGUGCACUUUGCCCGGUCCGGAGCAUUUCCACCGCCAGAAUCGCGAGCCGUAAUAGAUCCACAGAACGGGGCUCAGCGCAUCAGCCGUGAUAUUAACCACUUCCUUCCACUGAAUUAUUAGAUGUUACUUGUGCAGGGCGGGUCUGACAUGGCUGACCUCUUGGUGGACGCCAGUGUCUACAGUGAAUCGUAAACCAUCAGAUUUAAAUUCCUAAACGGCCCUGGAAAUGCGAACUGAAGCGGGCGUUUAAAGGGGUAUCCCUAUCAUUGUCUGUCCACCUCUGGAACGCCCGUCAGACCAGGACAGAGAUCCAUUCAGCAUUUUCCCUGCACAGCAGCGCUCCCAGCCACCUAGUGGGAUGGCGCUGUGCAGGGAUAAUCUGAAGGGACCACAGCGCCGGUUAACUGUAGGGGUCCUGACCCCCGGCGAGCAGUAGGUGACGGCAUAUGUUGGCGAUACUGCGUCACAUAUAACACUGGAGAGCAAAUGUUUUUAGGUCAAUGACGUUUAUGUUGGAAGUUUUAACAGUUUACUUGUAAUUACUUGAAUUGGAUCCUUCGUUAAAAUUCUAAUCUAAUGAAUUAUUUUUUAAGUUCAAAAACAAUUAACCUCUUCAUCCCUGCGUUUGACAUAGCAUUUGUUAAAGGGAAGCCCACACAAAAUAUGAUAAGGUCCUUCCUCUUCUGCCAUGUCGAUUCGGUUUAAUUCAUCCCUAGCUUAGUUCUGUUUUUGGGAAAAGCUGGGUAAAAACCAAUAUGGCUGCCGUCACUGCCCCUUUUCAGGUUGGUCUCCUCUCCUGACACGUCUGCAUUAGCCAUGGAAUAACCAUUCUUCAGCAUCCAUUCAUAGAAGUCUAUGUUGUGCUCUUCCUCUGUUAUUCCUACUAGAAGUUUACUAAUGAAUUUGCAGCUGGGUAUUGCCAGUUUGGGAGGGGGUCGGGGGUCCGUCGCUGCACGGUCUCGCUGUCCAAUCUGUGCUGCCAUAAACUUCAAGUAGGAAUAACUGAGGAAUGGCUCAACACAGUCAUAAGAAUAAUAGAUGCUCCAGAAUGGUUAUUCCAUGGGGGAUGCAAGUAGUGACUAAAGCAGACAUGUCAGGAGCGGGGCGAGCUCCUCUUUAAGCACUGAGCAUCCGUUGAUGCGGAGUGUCUCCGUUCAGAAUGCUGCGCACCCCCAUGUUGGCCGUUCUUCCAUCACCAGAUUUGCUGCUAUAACUAUGGUCGCUUGUGAUCCAGCUUUCCCAGAGGCAGAUAUAUGACUAAUGAGGGGAUGGAUAUAGUUUUGAAAGAAGAGGACGUAUUUACUGGUGGAGUUUCCUCCUUUUUCGGGCUCUGCCACUGCCCCCCUGUUUUUAGCACUUGAAGACCUUCACCUUCUUCUGCCGUUUUAUAUAUAGUCACCAUGGUUUGUUUUCGUGCUCUGUUCUGCCAAACGGUGUUGAUGGCGGGUCGCCCCGAGCUUCGUGCUGUUACAAGUCAUGUCACUGGCUAAAAAAAAUAAUAAUUUGCACAUCUGUGGGUAUAGGAAGGGUUAAUGAAUGGACCGGCAUGUAAUUGAUUGGGCUUUAUGGGCAGAAUGCAUAUCGUCACCGUGACCUUGAUGUAUACUGUCACUUCUGAGGCCGUGAGGGUCACAGUGGAAGCAAAGUGUGCUCAUUGAUUAUCCACUAGGUGUCCAGCUUUACUCAUUUAUACGAAUCCCUUUAAUAUAUCGUUGGUUAAAUAAAAUAAAAAAAUAAAGUAUUU